AUGAAUAAACGGAAAAGAGGAAGGACAACUUUUAGUUGUGAUCAAUGCUAUACGAAGAAAAUCAAAUGUGAUCGAGAAUCUCCAUGUUCAAAUUGUGAAAGAAAAGGAAUCGAGUGUAGUUAUAACAAAUCCAAUAAAGAGUCAGCUUCUUUUGGGCUGACUUCGCCAGAAUAUGAUAAAAGUACAGAGACACCCAAAAGACUAUCUACCAUUUUGAUAAAGACAAGCCCUGAACUCUCGCAACCUCAUAAGACAAGCCCGAGAUUCUUUGGCUUGGUUCCUGAUUGUGAAAUUGGUCUUAACCCAAUUGAUAGUCAGUUUGACAAAAUUAACUUCAAUUACGGCUUUAGACAAGGGGAAAUGGGACCCUUGAUAAUAUCUCAUAGACAAUUUCCAUAUUUGCAACUAUUACGGAGGGAUGUUGGAGCACGUUUGGUAAUGAAUCAUUUUAUCAGUGUCUACAAGAAGAUCUCAAACUUUCUAGACUCGUCAGUGUCUGUAACUAGUUUAUCCCCAGAAAAGAGAAAUGAAUUAGUAGUAAAAGCAAAAAUCAUUUAUGGAGAAGGUUAUAUUCCAGGAUGGGAUGAAAAUAUAUAUUCUGUGAAUCAAUUAAAAACUAUAAUUAAUCAUCAUGCCUUGAUCAAAUCAAUAUCUUUUGCAGCUUGUACUAAUACGUUCGAUACAAUGGAUUCUUAUUUUGAUCUAAUUGGCCCACCUUGGGUAAAUGAAAAACUCUUAGAUAUCUUCUUUGACAAAAUAUAUCCAUUCAUGCCUGUGAUUGAUGAAAACGAUUUCAGAAAUGAUCUUCAACGAAUUAUCCCAGUCAAUGAAUCUUCGGGAACUUAUUUACACCCUGCACCUAAGAUAGAAAAUUCAUACGACUUGGCCAUUUUGGUGAUCCAUUUAGUUGCUAUACGCCUCGCAUAUGUUUCUUUGUUUAAUUUCACAGGGCCAAGUUCUUCUGAACUAAUAAACUACCCGAUAUCUUUGGAUGCUAUAAAAAUUGCUGAAGUUAUAAUGAAAGAGUUUGAUCUAAGCAAGCGGCAACCGCUAAUCGCUUUACAGGCGGGUUUGCUCUUGCGAUUAUACUCAAUGUAUUCAAGAGAGAAUUUUUUAUCUGGCGGUGAAAUUCAGAUUUCAAUGGGGUCAAUCAUCCAAUUAGCAUAUGCCCUCGGUUUGAAUAGAGAUCCCGGUUGUCUUGGAAUUGGUUCAGCAAGGCAUCAAAAUUUGAGGAAAAAGAUUUGGCAUUUGCUUGUGGGGACAGAUAUACUUAAUUCAAUUUUAUUUGGAACUACUUUAUCUACUAAUUCAAAUACUUUUGAUGUAGGUUUGCCUCAAUUUUCCGAAUUGGAACCGAACAUAAAGAAUAUGGAAAUGGAACGGACGAUUAUUCAUUCUUUCCAUCGGUUUCAAGAAUUGCUUACUAUAUGUGGUAAACUUGCGGAUCUUCAUUUGAUAGUUGAUGGAACUGUUGAUGUUGAGUUGGUCACUAGCCUAAUCUCUCGAUUGGAAGUGGAAACGGCAUUGAAAUUGAAAACUAUUGAUUCCUAUUUGACAAACCCUUUUUUCGUAAAUUUUCAUAACAAUCCUGAGACAAUUAAACAAUUUGACGGCCACUCACCAAACGAUAUAAUGAAUAUACUACAUGAAAGCAAUUCCAUACUUGGCAAAUUCUUAUUCCAUAAAGUCAAAAUCUUGAAUAAACUGUCUAAUGUAUAUUUAUAUGCAUUCCGUAUUUCGAAAGUGCAUUCCAAUAUUUUAAAAUUGUAUGAUAAUAAUGAGAAAUUGUUCUCAGGCAAUCUGCCCGAAACUAGAAAAGAUGCAAUCAUUGAGAUUCCGUUAACUACGCUUAGAGAGAUCACUUCCUUGUUGCACGGUAAUAUGACCAAGGAAGAUAUUGAGUCGAAUGAUAUAUGGACAGGUUCAGACGAAGAACUAAUUGAAGAAAUGCAGAUUGAUAAUCUAUGGUUCCAAAUAAAGAAGAUAUCAACUGAGGGAAUGGCAUCUAGUACAUGGAUUGAAAAAGCUAGAAAAUUCAAUAAUGCAGAUAUCAAUUUUACAUUUGAUUUUGAUUUAUUUGAUUCUGUAGAAAAUUUUCAGGAGGUAGUGCCAUAA